GGUUGGUGAAGUCUUCAAGUUAUGUCUGUUUUUGACCUUUGGUUUUCCUGUUUUAGACCAGAUGGAUUAGUAUAUUCUUUUAUGUAGAGUUUAUUUUUGUUUAUUUUACUAUUUUUCAUUGCCCAUGGUUAGAUCUAGACCAAGGAAAGCCGUGUUGUAUCUGACAAAAAGACUCCCUCAAAAAAACAAACAAAAAGGGAAGAUUUGCUGCUGAAAACGUUUGUCUGACACCCCCCCAAAGACACGGGUGUUAGAAUUUGGUCUAGAGAAUCAAACAAGUUAACCCAAAAAAGAUUCCUCUUCAGCUCUUCUUCUUCUUCUUCCAUGAAUCCUAGAAUGUGAAGCAAUUAUUAACUCUUCCUUAUUUUCCUCAAAAGAACCAUAUCAAUCAAUCAAAGGAAAAAGCCAAGGUUUUUUAGAGGUGAUCUAUGGAUAACUUUCCAAAAGUUUUAUGUGGGUGGAGCUGGGAGGAGAACAAGUUGUUUGAGCUGGCUCUAGCAGUGGUUGAUGAGCAACACCCAGAUCGUUGGGAAGUGGUUGCAGCCAUGGUUGGAGGGGAAAAAAGUGCAGAAGAUGUGCAAAAACAUUAUGUGAUACUUUUGGAGGAUUUGCAGUUUAUAGAGUCUGGCAAACUGGACCAUAAACUUGGCGAAGCUCAGUCUUGUAUUCAAGUCGACUCUGCUCAAUCCGUAUGCUGGACUGAUGAAGAUAACAACUUGCUCGUCCGAUUGGACAUAAAUUGAUCCCCAGAGCUAGUUCUGGUUUAUGAAAUUAAAGCAGAUUGGUUACUGAUUGCUGCCAGAACUCAUGCCCGCAAAGAAUGCAUGGCAUAUUGACAACCCUGGUUGUUAUAUUAAUGCAUCAAUUCUAAUGCUAUAUCCGUUGUUCCUAGAGGUAAUCAAUCUCUUCAUUGUAAAACAAAAAUUAUUGGAAAGAUUUCAACUUUCCGAUUUGUGGAUGGUAGAAAGGGGUCUGGGUCCUUGUUUGUUGGAAAUUUAAGUAGUAUGCUGUGUUAGACUUGUUUUACUUGUCUCUUUAAAGAUUAUGAGUCUCUAUCUGGUCACAUUGCGGCAACGUCCAUCAUCUGACUUUCUGGGAGAACUUUGCAAGUUGCAACCACUCCUUUUAUAUUGCUUAAUAUGAUUGUGAUUCUGCUCCUUGAAAAAAAAUUGUUUCCCAAUUGUGAAAUCCACUUAAGGUAGUUAAUUACAAGCAUAAAUUAAACCAAUCUAUCUUAAACGAACUUGAUCUCAUUAUUCACAUAAAGAACAUAGGUAAAUUACAUUUCCAUCAACGUACAGGGUGUCUACCGCUAAUCGGAGAAGCAGCGAUGGAAAGAACAGUGAAAAAGCAGUGUUUUCAUGUCAUUAUUCUGUACGUGGAGUUCAGAAUCGUUUGCUAUUAUCAACUUGAAAUCUUAAAUAUCAAGAGAAAUUUCAUCUCUAUGUACAAUGAAAUGAAUAUUCCACAGUAUAUUCAGAAAAAAUAAAUACCUAAACUUUGGGUCAUAUACUCGUAUCACAAAACAAUGCGAUCAUAUUCAUAUCUGGUACCACUUCCAGUAACCUCAUGCCAUGUCAACAAUUUUAGAGGGCAGCUCCACUUGGAUUGGAAGAAUAGUUUAUCUUCAACAAAACAAAAGAAAAUGUGCAAUAGGGGAGAAAAAGAGCUGGGACCGUAGGGGCAAAAUUCACCAGACUCACCACAUUAGUUUUAGUUUCUUGUUAAACGUAGCUGUCAUAAACCUGGAUCUAAAUUCAAUCAAUUGGCUAUUAUAAUAAAAGAUAAGAGAAUAAUCCCAACCAUAAAUAAGAUGAAAUAAAAGGGAGGAGAAAAACGGAGGAGGCAGAGCCAGGGAAGAGGCAGUGCAUGAGAGGAGAAACAACAGAAAUCUGUUGGUAGAUCCAUCCAUGCUCAGCCUGUUCCCUGUCUUUGUCUGUCUCUCACAUAUUUCUCAAUCUCUCACUAUUGACUUUCACCUCACCUUGUCCCGGUGCAUCUGUGAAAGCCCAAAACAAACCUGGCGCUUGCACAAUGACCUCAGGGCUCAGGUCUCUAUCCUUCUUUUUUGACAAAACUCAUAAGCCAUAGUGCGGUUUCAGCAAACCUGGGAACUUGGUUUGAGUCUUUGCUGUCAUCUCAGCUAUUUAUGCUACAAAUCCAAAAGGAUUAGUGGAUUACAGUACAACAUGUACUAAACUGACUCUGUACUGGCAAUUUUGAGUACUGGUUGAAAAUAUGUUAGUAUUUCUGGAAGGACGAAUAUGUACUACACCUGAUAGUACUCUCAUAUUCUCCAAUGAUAUGGAUACUAUACACUCUCACGGCCUCUCCCAAAAAAUAAAUAAAUAAAUAAAUUACUUUAGAAUUUAAAGAAUUGAAUGAUGUCAUAGCGUAGCAUCUCCACGGGAAUCUUUGAAUAAACAGAUUCAGGUUAUCACGUUGCGGAUUUGGAAUGGUAUGUUCCAUUAAUGACGAAAGUCAAUCAAGUAUGUUUGCUUCUGAUAGGAGAAAUCGGUAUUCUACUACUAUCUCUUUUCAGGCAGAUGCAGAAAAGCAACAGAUACUGAUUGAAAGCAGAAGAUAUUGGUCUAUUUCAGCAAAAGAGAUUGAGGUCUUGGAUUACAAAACUUGGAAAGGGAGAGCUGAUGGUGAAAAACAGAUGACAAAUGUUGCCUGUCGAUCUAAGAAAUUGCCAAGAACUAGAAUGCGGCUGAGCAACCUUAACUACUAAGCCUUCCGAAAUAAUUUCAGAAAAAAAAAUAAACAGAAUAAAUACAAAAAAAAAAAAAUCAGAAAUUAAGAGGAAGCAGUUACCUUCUGAAAGAUUGAAAACCCUAAUUUCGUAAUUGGUCUUGAAUCGUUAGCGGUGCAUUCUAAUUGGAGUUCAAAGAAGGAGAAUUUUCUGGGAGAAAUCUCGGUUUGAUUUUCUUUUGGGCAAUUUUGGAGGGAAAUUGAUCACCUCAUUGAUCAGCAGGAGCAGGCGAGACAUAUUGAUGGAAGGUGUUUUCCCAAAUGCGACAUCGUUUAAGAGGAAGUCUGCGGUGCGCAAUGAUCUGCCUUUCCGGGCCUAUUCGAA